GUUCGCAUCGACUCGGUUCCCGGGCGAUUGCUUCGGUCUGUUGUUGAGUUAUGGUGCGGGACGGGACCCCCGGAGGCGGCUGGCACCCGGGCUGGAGUGCGGCUCGCUGCUGAGCGCCGCCCCGGUGCCGAGCGGGCUAUGGGCGAGCCCGACCCCUUGGUCUCGGGGCAGCUCGCGGCCGGCCGGAGCUGGUGCUUGCGGCGGCUGGGGAUGGACCGCGAGUGGUUGCAGCUGGAGGCUGCGAGUGAGGUGACUAUUGGUCGAGGAUUUGGUGUCACUUACCAACUGAUAUCAAAGGUAUGCCCUCUGAUGAUUUCUCGAAACCACUGUGUUUUGAAGCAGAAUCCCGAGGGACAAUGGACAAUUAUGGACAACAAGAGUCUGAAUGGUGUUUGGCUGAACAGAGAGCGUCUGGCACCAUUACAGGUUUAUUGCAUCCAGAAGGGAGACCAUAUCCAGCUUGGAGUGCCACUGGAAAAUAAGGAGAAUGCAGAGUAUGAAUACGAAGUUAUUGAGGAAGACUGGGAGAGGCUGUCUCCCUGCCUGGCCCCAAAGAAUGAGCAGACAGGGGAAAAAAAUCAAGACUUGAGAACUAAAAGGAAGUUGAGUUUGGAUGGAUUAGAGAGUCCUGCAGCUGAUGGUCCCUCGGAUCUCAAGUGCAGAGUCACUGCACUGUCCUGUAAAGCUCUUGAGCCGGUGAAGUUACAUGGGAAAGGUGAAGCAGCGAGUCAGCCCUUGGGAUGCUCGUGUCCUAAGUUGACUUCUCUGGAGGCUCACGCUUGCUCUGCUCUCCCAAAGGUCAUCGAACUUUACCCUAAGAAGCAGAAGGCCUCCAACCCUUCAGCAUCUCAGAGCAGCUUAGAGCUGUUUAAGGUGACCAUGUCCCGGAUUCUGAAGCUGAAAACCCAGAUGCAGGAAAAGCAGAUAGCUGUUCUGAAUGUGAAGAGGCAGACCCGCAAGGGGAGCUCGAAGAAAGUCGUGAGGAUGGAGAAGGAGUUACAAGCUCUACAGUCUCAGCUGUCUGCAGAGCAGGCUCAGCAGCAGGCGCGGGUGGAGCAGCUGGAGAAGACUUUCCAGGAAGAGCAGCAUCACCUCCAGGGUUUGGAGAAAGAGCAGGACGAGGAUCUGAAGCAACAGCUGGUCCAGGCUCUGCAGGAGCAUCGGGCUCUAAUGGAAGAGCUGAAUCGCAGCAAGAAGGACUUUGAGAAAAUCAUUCAAGCCAAGGACAAAGAGUUGGAGCAGACCAAGGCUCCUGUUCCUUUCUGUUUGGGGGAUGAUAGAACUAACUCACAACUUCCAAAGAGCAUACCGAAAGUCCUUCCUAAGGACAGCACCACAGGUGCUCGGACCUUGGGGAAAGCAUGGGAACAGAAGCGGGAGGCGGCAAGGCAAGCUCCAUACAGCUUAGCGCCUAAAAGCCCUGGGGGAGUCCAUCUUUCCAGCCAUGCCUCAGGAAGAAAGGAAGAAAAGGAGAAGGUCCAAGCACAGAAGGAGGAGGUCCUCAGCCACAUGAAUGACGUGCUGGAGAACGAGCUUCAGUGCAUCAUCUGCUCCGAGUACUUCAUCGAGGCCGUCACCCUGAACUGUGCCCACAGUUUCUGCUCCUUCUGUAUCAGUGAGUGGAUGAAACGCAAAGUCGAGUGUCCCAUUUGUCGGAAGGAUAUUGAGUCCAAAACCCACUCCCUGGUUCUGGACAAUUGCAUUAGUAAGAUGGUGGAUAAUCUGAGCUCAGAAGUGAAGGAGAGACGGAACAGCCUUCUUAGGGAGCGGAAAGCAAAGAGACUGUCAUGAAGGUCAGUCACACUCCAAGGACAUGUGAGAGACACUAGGGGGAAGGCACCUUGGAGUGAUCCAGAGGAUUCCUGCAUUCCCUCAGGCUGCUCUGGACAUCACCUGGGAAGUCACGUGCUGCAGAGACUGAGUUAGGAAGCCUGUAUCACUGGCUUCCGCUCUGCCGACCCUACCGACACCAUCGUCUAAAGGACCACGAGACUCCCCAACCGACCGCUUCACUACAUGAUGAAUGAGUUGAGUUGUUUGUUUCCGGAUGUGUUGGUUGAUUUGGGUACCUCAUGCACCCUGUUGACAUCAUCUUGGACAGCUGGGUGCACCCUAUGGCUGCCCUGAAGGCAGCGUGCAUUUGGAGUCUGGUUUACCUUUCUUUGUGAAAACAAGAUGUCAUUUCUUAGAAAUAAAAUGUAAAACCCGCCA